UGACUCCCUCAGCACUCCAGCAUUGCUGUGCAAGCAGAUGUUGCUCGUCCUCCGGUGCCAAAUAUUCCCAUUUUGGAUUUUAUUUAUUUUUUUGGAGGGGGAGAAGGUUUUCUUCUUUUUUUUUCUUUCUUUCGCGCGAAGGCUCCAAAGUGACACGAACCGGUAGAAAACUGUCGCCUUCUUCGACUCAGUGGCACGGAUAGAGGUGUUUUUUCUUUGUGUGUGUGUGUGUGUGUGUGUGUGUGGAGGGAUACAGUAAAGCUUACAGUAAAGCCCGCAGUUUAAUCACCACACCUGUGAUGCGUUGUUCUGAGCAACGAGGACGCACGAGCUGGAUACUGAUGGCCACGGCGCGGCAGCAGGAGGAGAAUAUGUGCUGAAAAAAAAAAUAAACACUUGGAGGGGACAAAACAACGGCGUAAAAGUGCAACAGAAGACUCGUUUUGGAAUCUGACAAAGACCAGCGUUUGGUCUCGUUCGCCUUUUUSAAACUUAAGUGGUUAAAAGCAGCUCGAAGAUGCCCUUACCUCUGGGCCGCUUUGUCCGCUGUAGGUGCAGCGCUUCGCCGCUCCUUCUCGGGCUCUGGUUGGUGUUUGUCGGCUUCACCUCCACUGGUGGUUCAGAGCACGCUGCCACUGCAGCACUACCCGCUGCGUUCUCAGACCUGUUACCUCACUUCCUGGUGGAGCCAGAGGACGAGUACAUCGUGAAGAACAAGCCGGUGACUCUGACCUGCCGCUCGACCCCGGCCACACAGAUUUACUUCAAAUGCAACGGCGAGUGGGUUCACCAAGACGACCACUUGAUUGAGCGAACUGUAGACCCGGCCACAGCGCUGCCAGUCAUGCAGGUGACGAUUGAAAUCACCAGACAGCAGGUGGAGAAGAUUUUUGGCCUUGAUGAAUACUGGUGUCAGUGUGUCGCCUGGAGCACCACUGGAACCCAAAAGAGCCAGAAAGCAUACAUCAGGAUUGCUUACCUGAGAAAGAACUUCGAGGAGGAGCCGCAGGGCAAAGAGGUGGCAUUGGACCAGGAGGUGUUGCUGCGCUGCCAUCCCCCUGAGGGAGUGCCACAAGCUGAGGUGGAGUGGCAGAGGAACGAGGAUUUGGUCGACCCAGCAAGCGACCCCAAUUAUUUCAUCACGACCGACCACYAUCUUGUCAUCAAAAAAGCACGCCUGGCAGACACGGGCAACUACACGUGCGUGGCCAAAAACAUCGUCGCUCGCCGCAAAAGCAACUCUGCCACGGUCCUCAUCUACGGUCUGACAGUCAACGGCGGCUGGUCCACGUGGACCACCUGGUCGUCCUGCAGCGCUGUGUGUGGGCGUGGCUGGCAGAAGAGGAGCCGGAGCUGCACRAACCCCACGCCGCUGAACGGAGGCACGUCCUGCGAGGGGCAGAACGUCCAGAAAAGUGCCUGUGUGGCCACCUGUCCAGUGGAUGGAGGCUGGAGCGAGUGGAGCAAGUGGUCGGCAUGCGGAGCAGAUUGUUCGAUGUGGAGGAGCAGAGAGUGCACCCAGCCCUCACCCGGCACCGGGGGCAAAGACUGCCAGGGGCUCGACCUCCAGUCUAUAAACUGUACCAGCGAGCAGUGCCCACAGACGGUGAGCGGGGCCGAGGAUGUGGCGCUCUACGUGGGGAUGGUGGCGGUGGUCCUGUGUCUGACUCUGCUGCUCAUCGUGGUCGUCCUGGUGUACCGGCGCAAGAAGGAGGGCCUGGARGCAGACGUGGCGGACUCGUCCAUCCUCACCACUGGCUUCCAGCCUAUGGGCAUCAAGCCCAGCAAGCCAGGUGUGUGGGCGCCACGGCCACGCAGGCCGCCCCACAGCAAAAACUCCCAUUUGCUAACCAUCCAGCCUGAUCUGACGACCACCACCACCAGUUACCAGGGCACCCUGCGCUCACGCCACGAUGCCGCCGGCAAGUUUUCGAUGACCAACGGGCCUCUGCUGGACCCGCUGCCCAACGGCUCGCACACGCUGCACAAUGGCAAGCUGAACCCYGACCCAGCCGAGUUCGUGAGCAGGCUGUCCACUCAGAGCUACUUUAAAACGCUUCCUCGGGACGUGGCCAACGCCUCCUAUGGGACCUUCAACUUCCUGGGUGGGAGACUGACCAUCCCCAACACAGGAAUCAGUCUGCUCAUUCCUCCCGAGGCCAUCCCCAGAGGAAAGAUCUACGAGAUUUAUCUCACUGUUCAGAGGAAGGAAGAUUUAAGGUUACCCCUGGCCGGCUGCCAGACCCUCCUGAGCCCCAUUGUGAGCUGUGGCCCUCCGGGGGUAGUCCUGAGCCGGCCGGUUAUCCUCAGCAUGGACCACUGCUUUGACGCAUGCCUCGAUAACUGGGCCGUCCGCCUCAAGAAGCAGAACUACGAAGGCGCCUGGGAGGACGUCCUGUUGAUGGGGGAGGAGCUGGCGUCMGAGCCUUAUUACUGCCAGCUCGAGGCCGAGACGUGCCGGCUAUUCUCGGAGCAGCUGGGAACGUUCGCUCUGGUGGGGGAGUCCCUGCACAUGGGGGCAGCCAAGCGCCUCAGACUGGUGCUCUUCUCAGACGCGUAUUGCUCCACACUGGAAUACAAUAUCAGGGUGUACUGCAUGGAUGACAUACAGGACGUCUUCAAGGAGGUGAUGCAGAUGGAGCYGCAGCUCGGGGGUCGGCUGAUCGACGAGCCCCACGUCCUGCUUUUCAAAGACAGCUACCACAACCUGCGCCUGUCCAUCCACGACAUGCCCCAGGCACACUGGAGAAGCAAGCUGCUCGCCGGCUACCAGGAGAUCCCGUUCUACCACAUCUGGAACGGUUCCCAGCGGUACCUGCACUGCACGUUCACUCUGGAGCGGCUCAGCCUCAGCACGUGCGAGCUCACCUGCCAGCUGUGCGUGUGGCAGGUGGAGGGGGAGGGCCAGAGCUUUGCCCUCGACUUUAACAUCGCCAAGGACACUCGAGCGGUGGACUCAGAGUUUCUGUUAAGGGACAGUAACGCCACAGCCCUGGCGGGACCCAGCGCCUUUCAGAUCCCGUACCUCAUCAGGCAGAAGAUCUGCAGCAGCCUGGACGCCCCCUGUCCCAACGGAGCCGACUGGAGAAUGCUGGCACAAAGACUCAAACUUGAAAGACACAUGAGUUUCUUUGCAUCCAAAGCGAGCCCGACCUCUGUGAUCCUGGACCUGUGGGAGGCGCAGCAUUUCCACAGCGGCAACAUCAACCAGCUGGCCGCGGUCAUGGCUGACAUCGGCAAACAGGAAGCCAUGAUCUUCCUGGUCUCGGACGGCGAGUGCUAACCCAGAAACGGGGACAGAGGACACAGCAAACGUGCAGGAACAAGAGGAUAAAAAGAGCAGCAGGAAACGAAGCGCAGCGCUUUCCCAACGUCCCUUUUUUUCCCCCUUCACUUGAGAUGUAAAAGUCCCUUUAUCCUUUCAGAGUAAAAGUCUUUAAAAGGAAGAUUGAAUUAGGAAGAAUUGAAAUGUGUGGGAGAAAAAGAAAAAAACACCUCUUAUUUUUCCAUCAAAGAUUUUUAACAUUUCCGAGCUCUCACCUGCAGAGUUAUAAACAUAACCAUAAAUUAAUCUUUGUUUCAGUAAGACGGAGCAAUAUGCAAAUAGAAGAACUCAGCUUCAAAACCUUGUUUUUAAAGAAAGGGUGUCGGUCAUUUCAGGUCAAAUAAAGGGGAACGUCAAAUAUGCAAUUGGCAGAUUAACUCCACAUUAUCUCUGACACAUUCUCACGAAGGCGGCGACACGUUUUUUUUUUUUUUUUGGUCACGAACAAUCCGCGGAACACGCGACGCGACCCGUAGCACGUCCUGUCGGCUUCUCCUCUGGCUCUGUGUGUUCUUUGUGCUCCAGCCGGUUUCACUACUGUGAAUGUAACAUCUUGACAUCUUGAUUCAGAGAGACGCUCCGCAGCUUCUUCUGCUUCGAAAUCAAAACGUGUGAAGUUCAGCCUCUUUUUUUUCAUUUUUUAAAGCGACGAGCUCGUUACGUUGUAUCUUCACUGAAGCCGUAUCUCAGAUGUCAUUUCUAUUUAAAUCCUGUUUUCUUCUUCUUUAAACCGAUGAGCUUUGUUCCGUCGCUCAUCCUGGUGUGUUUAAGGUAUCACAGCUAACGAAGGAGCCAUAGCGCCAGAAAGGCGUUCUGUGUGAACACUGAAUGUCAUCAAAACUCGUUUUUUUAAAAAACAUCAUCGCUGCCCACCUCCUCGACGGCGUUAACUCUCCGGGCCAAAAGAAGGGGUUAAUAUUCUGUAUCAAUAAUGUAGCGCACUUUGCCCCUGAAAAUCCAAAAACAAGUAAAUCCUCGGUCAUGUUAAAAGGGUAAUUUUGCAGCUUUGUUUAUAUUAUUUAUAAAGCAAUUUGAGUGGGAAUUCAAUAUUUGCUGCGUGGCAAACAGUAUUUCUGCAUCAGAGCUGAAGAAGGCAGAUUCAUAAAGUCACUCCUCUGCRCACCGGAGUUUCUUAUUUGUCUUUGUUUUAAACCUGGCAACUACACGUGUUUCUCUUUACAGUUUUGCUGCUAUCUCUGAUUUACACAGUAACGUCUUAGUAAUGAAUCUGUUAAAUCAGGCAACAUGACGACAGUUGGAAUAAACCCCCACAGGUUCAGCAGUGUGCCAGGUGUGAGUAAACUAGCCAUAGUUCAGUGUCUGCCUCAGGGUUGCAUGUGAAGUUGUCUGUUUCAAGUUGUAAAGAAAAAAGCCCGAAACCCUUCAGAUCCUUCGUACCACUGACGGUGAUUUCUUUAAGGUUAAGUGGCGCCUCUUUUAUGAUUGUCAAACAUAUGGAAUGUGUAUUUACAGGGGCGAGGUAAUGAUUUGAUCCUUGCUGUUUUUGUGUUUGUUCACUAACAAAGAAAUGAUCAAGUCUCUGAAUUUUUAUGGCUUCAUUUAUGGACAGACAUCAAAUAUCUGGAAAAUAGACCACAUCACUUUAAAGUGGGCAUAUGAUACUUUCAAAUCCUUCUUUUUUUACAUUUAAAUCCUUCAGUUGGGGUCUAUAUAAAGUGGAACAUCAAUGCUUUGAUCUGAAU